AUGUAUUCUUUAUUAAAUAGAUCAAACAGAUGUUGUUAUAAGUGGGCAACAAACAACAACAACAUCAACAAUGUCAUAAAACCAACUUCAUCUGGUAUAUCAAUAUCAACAACAUCGUCUUUCUCAUUUGUAAAUAGUUUUCAAAGAAGUUAUUCUUCAAAAUCAAAAAAGUUAAAAGAAAAGAUCAAUAAUAAUAAUGAUGAUGAUGAUGAUAUUGAAUCUACAAACACCUCUAGUAAAUCAAAGAAAUCAAGCAAAGCAAGUGGUACAGGAAGUUCACAGUUGGAGUCGACAAUGGCAGAGAUUGAAAAGACAUUUGGAAAAGGAACUCUAAUGAAGCUUGGUACUUCUUUUGCAACACAAAAGGUAGAUGUCAUCUCGUCUGGCUCAUUAGGUCUCGACGUUGCUCUAGGAAUUGGUGGACUUCCUAAAGGUAGAAUCAUUGAGAUAUUUGGUCCAGAAAGUUCAGGAAAAACAACAUUGGCAUUACAUGUAAUUGCACAAGCACAAAAGGCUGGUGGAAAUUGUACUUUUAUCGACGCUGAACAUGCACUUAAUCCUUCGUGGGCACAGAAACUCGGAGUCAACUUGGAUGAGCUGUUCAUUUCACAACCGGAUUCAGGUGAACAAGCAUUGGAGAUUGUUGAUUCGCUGUUGCGUUCAAAGACGAUGCAGGUUAUCGUUGUCGAUAGUGUUGCUGCUCUCGUCCCAAGAGUGGAGCUUGAAGGUGAGAUGGGAGACAGUCACGUCGGUGUACAGGCACGUCUGAUGUCGCAGGCACUGAGAAAACUGUCACCGAACCUAAAGGAAUCAAACUGUAUCUUGAUAUUCAUCAAUCAGAUUCGUAUGAAGAUCGGUGUUAUGUUUGGCAAUCCAGAGACAACCACCGGUGGCAAUGCACUCAAGUUCUUCUCGUCGAUUCGUCUCGACAUCCGAAAGAUUGGCGCCGUCAAGAAGGGCGAGGAAGCGAUUGCAUCGCAGGUCAGAGUCAAGGUGGCAAAGAACAAGUUGGCACCGCCAUUCCGUGAGGCUGUUUUCGACAUUGAUUUCGUGUCGGGCAUCAACAAGACGGGCGAGAUCAUCGACAUGGCUGUCACCGAGGGCAUCAUUGAGAAGGGAGGCUCGUGGUACAGUUACAACCAACAGCAACUAGCACAAGGCAGAGAAAAGACCAAGCAGUAUCUCGAAGACAAUCAAGAGCUACUCAAUGAGAUCGAAUCGAAACUCAGACAACGUCUAGUCAAGUCUGUCGUACCAACUUCCAAACUCAACGAUAACAAUGAAGAUUAUAAAGAUGAAUACGAUCACGAUGUAGAUGGUGAUAGUGAUAAUACAUCAACUAAAAAAGUAGUUGAAGAAUAA